AUGGAGAACCACUUGACAUUCGAAGAUGACAAAAAAGACACACGGCACAAUUAUCCUGAUCCAUCAACUUCACAGUUCACUCAAGCAUUUGCAAUAACAGUUUUUGGAUCGAUAGUCGUCACCAUCAAUAUCAAGUUGCUUGGAGGCCAAAUGCCAAAUCAUCGACGAAGCUACUCCACUGUCCUCGCAAAUCUCUUGCUAUCAAGAUAUCGCCAAUAUGGACCCCAAAUUGGAGAUGCAGAAGAUGCGGAUCCAGCCUCCAAAGACGCCAACCCAUCACCUAUGCAGCUUGAGCAGCCACACACAACAGAAGAAGCCAAUGUUUUCGGAGAUGACGAGGGGUCGAAUGAUGAGAUGAACGAGUCACACAGUGUUUCAUCUGAUCGAUAA